AUGGUUUUUAUGGAUUGUGUUAUUUGGAAUUGUCAAGGUGCGGCCUCGAGGGAGUUUAACCGCGCCCUAAAGGAUCUUCUUCGCCUUCAUAGGCCUGGUGUCCUGGGUUUGUUAGAGCCUAAGGUUAGUGGCUCUCACGCGGAUUCUCUUUGUAAGCAAUGGGGUUUUGCAAAUUGGGUGAGGGUGGAAGCCUUUGGUUUCAGUGGAGGUAUCUGGGUUUUUUGGCAUGAUAAGUAUCAAAUUGAGGUAGUUCACACCCACCCUCAAUUUGUUCAUUUGUGUGUUAAUGGUGAUGGGGCUCGUAAUUGGUUUUUGACUGUGGUCUAUGGUAGCCCAAAUGCAACUCUGAGAAAGAUGUUAUGGCAAGAUUUGCGCAAGGAGGAGAUUGGCAUUACGGCGCCGUGGUUGUUAGCUGGUGAUUUUAAUUCAGUUGUUUCUUCUGAUGAAGUCAGCUCCAACAGGCAUCAGGUCCACAAGAGGUGCGCAGGUUUUGUUAAUUGGAUUUUUGAUCAAGGUUUGAUAGAUAUGGGUUUUUCUGGGCCAAUUUAUACUUGGAGCAGAGGUUCUCGAGAGUGUAUUUUAAAGGGCACUAGGUUGGAUAGAGCGAUUUGUUCUGGUGGUUGGAAGGAGAUGUUUCCUACAGCCUCUAUUGUCCAUCUCCCAAAGCAUCAUUCUGAUCAUUCACCAAUCUUAAUUCGUUUUCAAGAGCAAGAUUGUGAUAACUGUAUCAAAUCUUUCAGGUUUCAGGCAGCAUGGCUUACUCACCCAGAUUUUCAAAGGCUGGUGAGGCAAGUUUGGGAUGGUGGGCAGUCUGUGUUGGAAAAUAAUUCUAAUAUUGCGACUGCUUUAACUGGGUGGAAUAGAAAUACUUUUGGGAAUAUUUAUCAUCGAAAAAAAAGGUUGUGGGCUAGAAUUGGAGGGAUUCAAACUCGGAUGGCAGUUAGUCCCUCCUGGAGAUUGCAGAAAUUAGAGUCCAAGCUUCGGAAGGAGUUAGAUGUUGUGCUAUUUCAGGAGGAACUUUUGUGGUACCAGCAGUCUAGAGAAAAUUGGAUAAGAUCUGGGGAUCGCAAUACGAAAUUUUAUCAUGCUUCUACCAUGGUCCGUAAGAGUAGAAGUAGAAUUGAAGCUCUGAAAGGGCCCAAUGAUGUGUGGAUCUCGGAUCCAGCUUCUCUUCAGGUUAUGGUACAUGAUUAUUUCAUGAACCUGUAUACUAUGGAUGAUAGUUGUGAUAUGUCUUUGAUUCCUAGAGGUUAUUUUCCAGCUCUGAAUAUGGAACAAACCAGUGAGAUUCAUAUGCGAUUUUCGGCUGAAGAAAUUCGUCAGGCUCUCUUUGAUAUGGCACCCUUGAAAGCUCCUGGCCCUGAUGGAAUUAAUGCAGGUUUUUACCAGAGGAUGUGGUCUGUAGUUGGGAACUCCUUAUGCCGGUUUGUUAUUGAGUUUUUGGAUUCGGGUAUAAUGCCUUCAGGAAUUAACGAUACGCUUCUUGUCCUUAUUCCUAAAGUUAUGGUGCCUGAAUAUGUUAGCCAGUUUAGACCGAUUAGCCUUUGCAAUUUAGGCUAUAAGUUGAUUACUAAAGCUCUGACUAAUCGUUUGCAGCGGGUUAUGCCUAGUAUUGUUUCUCCGAAUCAAAGUAGCUUUGUUCCUGGAAGGCAAAUAACUGAUAAUAUUAUUGUGUAUCAAGAGGUGUUGCAUUCUAUGGGUAAGAAGCGAGGUGGUAAAGGGUAUAUGGCUAUCAAGAUUGAUCUUGAGAAGGCUUAUGAUAUGCUUUCUUGGGACUUUAUUCAAGAUACUUUGACAGAGGUGGGUCUUGAUGAUAUUUGGGUUAGAAAUAUCAUGCAAUGUGUCACUACAUCUCGGAUGGCAGUUAUUUGGAAUGGGCACAGAUUGGACUGGUUUAAUCCUAGUCGAGGUAUUCGUCAAGGGGAUGCUAUUUCUCCUUAUUUAUUUGUUCUCUGUAUUGAGCGGCUGGGUCAUAUUAUUAACAGAGCGGUUUCUCAAGGGGCUUGGGUGCCUAUUAAACUUUCCAGACAGGGCCCAAAUCUUUCUCAUUUAUUUUUUGCGGAUGACUUGGUGUUAUUUGCCGAGGCUUCUAUUGAUCAAAUGAAUGUAGUCCAGGACUGUCUUAGAACUUUCUGUGCUGGUUCUGGGCAGAAGGUUAGUCUUAAAAAAUCGCAGAUUUUUGUUUCGAGGAAUGUGGACCCUGGUGUUGCUCAGGAACUUGCCCAGAUGUCAGGAUUUACUCUCACGACUCAUUUAGGGAGGUUGGAAAAUGAAAUAUCUUUCUUUUGCGGGGCGAGCAGUGCUUGCUCAAUCAGUCCUUACAUCUAUCCCAUCGUAUGUGAUGCAAACGACCUUAUUACCAAGGGGGUGUGUAUGAAUAUUGAAAGAUUAGUGCGGAGGUUCCUGUGGGGAGGUAAUGAGGAGCUAAGAAAGGUGAGUAUUGUUAAUUGGGAGAAGGUGACGAGACCGAAAGAUGCAGGGGGCCUAGGGAUUAAAAGAAUGUGUCAAAUGAACCAUUCUUAUCUUGCUAAGAUAGGAUGGCGCCUUAUUAAUGAAAAGGAUAGUCUUUGGGCCAAAGUGGUAAGUAACAAAUACAUUCAUUCAGAUGCUAGUCUGGACAAGUUACAGAGUAAAAAUGGGGCUUCUAAUCUUUGGCGUGGAGUGAUUAUAGCUGUCCCUAUUUUGACUAAGGGUAUAAGGGCUAUGGUGCACAAUGGGAAGGACACUCUUUUUUGGUUGGAUGUUUGGAUUGGAGAUAGUCCUCUGUUUGAUAUAUCUUUAAAGAAUGUUAAUAUGGUGGAUAUGUACAGGCCGAUUAGUCAUUAUUGGAGGAGAGGGGUUGGUUGGAACUGGCAUACUCUUAAGGAUUUCCUUCCUAGUCAUAUCGAACAAAAGUUGGCGGCUUUCAUGCUAUCAGAAGAUGAUGAUGUUGUGGAUAGUUUAUGUUGGGGCAAGUCUUGUAGUGGCGAAUUUUCAAUCAAGACUGCAUAUGACAUUGCUACAGGUUAUGAGGGGGUCAAUACAAAUAAGAUAUGGAGGUCUAUUUGGAAAAUUGAGGCUCCUCAACGGGUCAAGGCCUUUAUUUGGAUGGUUAAACAUCAACGAUUGCUAUGUAAUUCAGAAAGGGUCCGAAGAGGAUUUACUGAUGUUCCUUUUUGCAAAAAUUGUCCUGGUGAGAUUGAAGAUGUGGAUCACUUAUUUAGGAGGUGUCCUAUGGCAGUGCAUAUUUGGAACUUAUUAAUGCCUCCUGUUGAAAUCCGUUGUCAAAACUUAAUGGGUUUUCAAGAUUGGCUUUCUUAUAAUUUGUGUAAGAAUUCAGUUACUGACCUUGGGGCUAGCUGGGACACUAUGUUUGUCGUGGCUAUUUGGAGCAUAUGGAGGUCGCGAAAUGACAUGGUUUUUAAUGAUAAAGACUACUUGGUGGAUUCUAAGCUCAUGUGGAUCAAGAGGUAUUUGGCUGAAAUCAAGCAAGCCUUUAGCCUUCAUGCAUCUGUUCUUGUACGUAAAGGCAUGUAUGGUUUGCAAAUGAUUGGGUGGUCUCCUCCUCCUCAAGGAUGGGUGACCCUCAAUACUGAUGGGUGUAGUAAAGGUGAGCAUGGUGCAGCUGGUGCUGGAGGUUUGCUAAGAGACUAUCGCGGUGUAUGGUUAAAAGGUUUUUUUGCUAAUAUUGGCAGUUGUGGAUCGAUAGAGGCCGAACUCUGGGCAGCGAUUCAUGGGCUUCGUCUAGCUUGGGAAGAGGGUUUUCGCCAAGUUAUUUUGGAGACAGAUUCCUAUAUGGUUGCGGAUUGGCUAAAUAAGCAGAGUGUUCCAAAGCUCUCUCUUUCCAAUUUGAUUAGUGUGUGCCGGAAGCUUGUUCAUCAAGCUUGGGAGGUGAAAGCAAUUCACGUGUAUAGAGAAAGGAACCGGGUUACUGAUUUCCUUGCAUCUGAGUCUCUCAACCAUGGCAAUGGGCUAACGAUUCUUCAGCAUCCUAUUGUUGGCAUUCAGGGUCUGCUUUGGGAGGAUUUUAUUGGAGUUGCUUGGCCUAGGCGGGUAUUGCAAAUAGAGGUUUAA